UUUUUUUUCAAUUCUGAAUUCGUAAUUCUUUUUUUUUCUUUGUGAGAAAAAAUGACGUUUCUAGCUCGUUAUAAUCACCAUUAUCGAUUUAUUCUAUGUUCAUAUUCAUCGUCAUCAUCAUCAUCAGAGUUAAGAUUGGCGUUGUAUAGAAAAUUUCACUAUAAAUCAUCGUUCAUAUUGUCAUCGAAAUUCUUUUCAUCAUCAUCAUCAUCAUCAAACAUCAAUGAUAAUGAUCCAAAACGAUCAAAAAUUCAAUUAACAAAAAUUGUUCAAUCAACAUCGUCCGAUAAUUUAGAAAUAACAAAAAAAUCUGAACCACGUGUUAUAAAUGCUCAAAUUGCUGAACAGCCAGUAAUUACUGGUAAACAAUUUUCAUCAUUAUUAAUUCAAAUGAAAAAUUUAUCGGAAAAAAAUUUUCUUUUUCGUAUGAUUCUAUGGAGACCAGUUGCAAUAGCCGAAUGGAUAGAAUCAUCACGACAAGAAAAAAUCAAUUCUAUGGUAUUCAAUGGUGUUCAAUACGUUAUAUUCAUUUUUGCAAUCAUAAUAAUACACAUUGUUUUUCUGGCUUCUAUGACAAAAAAACAUGAAAUAACCGAUCGAUAUUUUAUACGAUUGCUACCUGAUACUAUCAAUGAACUUUACGAACAACUGUUACUAAAUGAUCUACUUGUUGAAUAUGAUGGUAAAUUUUUACAAUCAUCACAUAAAUCCAUUCAAAUGUGUGAUAAAAUCCUAAAGAAAUUAAUCGAAACGAAUAAAGAAUAUAUUGAUGAUGAAAAACAUAUUGAUACAACAUGGUCGACAAUAAUUAUUGAUGAUGAUGAUGAACAUUUUUAUUCACAAACAAUAUGUUCGGAAAAAUUUUUAAUACUAACGAAAAAAUUAGUUGAUCUUUGCGAUGAUGAUGAACAUCAGCUUGCCUAUUUAAUUGCACAUUCAUUAUCGCAUGUAAUUUUAAAACAUUAUCGUGAACCGUUAUCAAAUCUUCGUCCAACACAAAUCUGGAAAGGCCUUUGUAUGAUAUAUUCAAGUCGAUUAAUGUGGAUUUUUCAUCCGAAUGAAUUGUUGAAAGAAAAAUUGACCAAUUUUUUUCGUUUUAUAAUCACAUCCGAUGAAUGGGCACGUGAUAUUUGCUAUGAAAAAUAUAGGAAAAUGUUGUCGAAAAUGAAUUAUUCUGAAACAUUAGAACAAGAAACUGAUCGUAUUGCAAUGCAAUUAUUAUCACGUGCCUGUUUUAAUGUAAAACGUGUGGAAAAAUUUGCUGAUAAAUGUCAUCAACUAAUGCUAUCCAGACAAAAAUCUACAACCGAAUCAGUAGAUCAUGAUAAUCAACGACAAGAAUUACAUUACAUUUAUGAACAUGGCCAUAAUAAUGAUGAAAAAUGUAAUCGAUUUAAUGAUGAAAAAUUUAUGAAAAAAAUCAUUCAAUUUCGUCAUGAAUGUGGAUGUGAUCCAAUUGAAUAAAUUUUGUUUGUUUGUUUAUUUUUGUCAUUUCUAAUGAUUAAAGAAAAUGAAAAAAAAAAAAAU